AUAGUGACAAUGGUAAGGACAUGGGGUGUGAUGCCAGUUGUGGCGCUACCCAAAUUGUGACAGCAGCACAAGUGACCAUGGCCAGGGCGGUGUUGGUAGCAGUUCAGAUAAUAAAAAUAGGGGUUUUCGAACUAGUGCCCUGGCGACUAGGCACCUCCGACCUACAAUGUCGCUCUUCCUAAGCUCGGGUUGCUGGGCGACGGUGGCCGGCCUCUUCCACGGAGGCUACUAGAUGUGACGGUGGUUGUGAAUCCAAGGAGAAGAAGAGAAGAGACAUUACAACUCUGGUUGGGACUUGCUUCAGAAUGGCGGCGACUUCCUCCUGUGUGUCGCGGCGGCGGCGGCGAGAAUCAUGAGUCGAAGAAGACGGAGGUUGAUUGAUCAAUUCUAUAAAAUGCAUUUAUUUAAUUUGGAAAAUCCUUUCCGCUGAAGAUGUCCCAACAGGUUGGACAGCGCUGUAGGGAAGCCUACAUCGCUAUUCCAGAAGUUUCUGGAAAUCCAACCUUGGCUCAACAGCGAUGUCUAGUGUGCAACAUCGCUGUUGGAAGACUUAACGCCAAACUAUGGUUUUCAGCUACUCAAGCCAGACAGCGUUGUUGGUUUCACCAACAUCGCUGUUGGGCUGGUUUAGCCAGACCCAUGGUUGGUUUAGUCAUGCCGUUAGCCGAUGUCAAAAACGUAUUCCACUUGAGCUUGCAAGGCAGCGUUUGCGGCUAUGAGUUCUUCAUGAGACAUGCUUCGGGAUUGAUUGUAGAUGAUGAUUUUGGACUUUAUUCAUGGGUGAAUGAUGCAUUGGUAGGGAGGAAUGAUCCUUUGGGUUUUGUUUUGUUUAUGCGCACUGUGGUUCGUGCAGCCGUCAACAGAAUUAGUUUUGGGUCUUUGUUGGGAAUGAACAUCCUUGAGUUGCCAGCUAGAGUGGCUAGGAAAUUUCCCGCACUUCGGGGAUGGACUGGGAAAGAGCUACGCGAAAGGGAGAAUGAGGAAGUUAGAAGUGGUGGGUUUGGAGCGGGGCAUGACUAUGGGCCAUUGGAUAAGGUGAAGCGCAUUGAGUUGAAUGAGAUGUCUGAACGUAAUGCUGCAACGUUAAUGCUUAAGCUUGGUAAUUCAUCAGCAGCGCAACCAAGCGAUGAACAAGAUUUGAAGAUAUUGGAUGGCAUGGACACAGCAGAGCAAGACAUGAAUGUGGUCAAUUAUACGGCUGAUAUAACAACUGAGGUUGCUCCAGAGUCAGCUGUGCAAGUAACCAGUGAGGAUGGUAGAGAUGCAACCGGGAAGGGUUUGGAAAUGAAUAACCAGGUUGCUAAAGAAGGAGACAGUGCCAAAGGUGGGAUGGACAGUGCAAAGAGAAGCAGCAUGGAAGAGCUGGGUGCGAGGAACGUUGAUAUCAGGGUGGAGGACAAGAAUGAUGUUGGGGAGAAGCAUAUAUUGGAGGAGAUAGAGAGUGUCGGGCAGGAUAUAUAUGUGGAGAAUAUCUCUAAACAAAUAAAUGCUGAAAUUGCUCCAAUGUCUGAAGUGGAUGUAACCCCUGAGAAAACCAAAGGGACAAGUGAUGUUGCCCCUUUGCUUAAUGAUCAGAUUGAAAAGGAAGAGAAAAACGGAAAGGCUGCCAGGAUAUUAGUAAAGAAAAGAAAGAAGGAAGAUCAGAGUGCUCAGAUUUUACGCGGUGAGGAUGAGAGGGUCAAGAGAUAAGCAAAAUCAGCGGGAAUUAUGAAGUCCCCUUACAUGGAACGUGCAGUGGACCCAAAGGACAAUCUGAGCAGUGUUGAAACUCGUCUCUGGAAGUGGGUAAUGAAAAAUAAAGAUGCCUCAAGGUA